CAUCCCCAAAGAACAUGGCACUCGACGGCAUCGCAGUAGUCACCGGCGCAGGCAGCGGUAUAGGCCGCGAGAUUGCCCUCGCCUACGCCGCCGCCGGAGCAGCAGGCGUCGCACUCGCCGACCUCCACCCGCAGAACGCAGAGCAAGUCGCCAUCGAGAGCAGGGCCACCGCCACCAAUCCCGACUUCCGGACUCUGGUUCUGUCAGUGGACAUCUCCCUAGAAGAGAGCGUGGACCAGAUGAUCUCUGAGGUAGUCGCUGAGUUUGGGAGGAUCGACUACGCGGUGAACAGUGCCGGGAUCGGCGUCCAGUUCCCGGCCGAGGUAUCCGAGACCAGCGUGAGCGAAUUCGACGCCUUCUACAAUAUCAAUGUCAGAGGCACACUACUCUUUACCAAGGCGGUGAGUCGCAUUCUGAAGCUCCAGGCCAGAAGGACUAUACAAGGUUGCCGGAGUGGAAAUGCUCGAAAUGUUGGUCGCGGCUGCAUCGUCAAUAUCGCAUCCUGCAACUCCUUCAUUCCAACGCGCGGGAUAGUCCAGUAUACGGCUGCGAAGCAUGCGGUGAUGGGGAUUACAAAGAACGCAGCGCUGAACAACGCCGUCCAUGGCAUUCGGGUCAACGCAGUUUGUCCGUCGUGGGUGCAGGGGCCGAUGAUGAACCGGGUGUUCGACGAUUCGCUUGGACGAUUGGCUAUUGCAGAGGAAGUCUCGGAGGCAGUCAUGUUCUUGAGCGGUCCGGGGGCGAGCUACAUUACUGGCGUGGGAUUGAUUAUUGAUGGGGGGCUGCAGACUCGGACAUGA